UCGCCUCGACCCUCCUUAAAGAUCUGCUUCUCCUUUCGCAGGCGCGGCGCCCCCCAGUGUUCGCGGAGCUGCAGCAUUAAGUUUCCAGGGCUGGUCAGAGGAAGCUUCAAAGAGUAUUAUAUCUAAGUGAAAGGUGCUUGCAGAGCAGCAUUGGACAGAGAUUCCUGUAAAGAAAACUCCUGCAAAGAUCCACAAAGGCUUUCCAACUUGUUCUAGGACUUGGGAUUGUGCGGCCUAUUCACCCUCUGAAGAUGCCUCUUCAAAACCUCACACAACCCGUCUAUCACCAACCACCCAGUAACUCACAUGGUGACUUACAAGGCUUGUUCAAUAUGGUGAAUGGUUACUUGAGGGUCGUGCAACCCAACAGUUUCCCCAAAGAUCUCCUGACAUACGUGAUCAACCAUCAAAAUUUCUUUAACAACCAGACAGUCUAUAAAGAGAUACUCAAGUAUGAGACGGGCUUCCUGGUUUGUGCUGUCAUUGGUCUUCUGUUCAUUGUCCUUGUGCCUCUAGUGGGCUUGUUUUUCUGUUGCUGCCGCUGCUGUGGACACUGUGGCGGUAAGAUGUACCAGAAGCAGAAUAAGCACAGUGCCUGCAAGAGACGGACUCUUUUUUGCUUUCUGCUGGGCAUCACUGUUGUUCUUCUGGCUGGAGAUAUAUGUGCGUAUGUCAGCAACCAACGUAUAUCCCAAGGUCUAGAGAAAGGUUUUGUCAUUUUCAACAAUACAGUGAGCAACCUGGAUGUUUAUCUGAAUUCUUUACCCCAGGAAAUUAAUCAAAUUGUCAAGUCUAGUAAUGUGCCAUUCGAGGAGGUCAAUAAUAGCUUGUCAAAGAUUGGUGAUACCUUGGGGAGCAAGAUUAAAGAAAAACUAGGUGAACGAGCAAACAAAGUAUUAAACAUAACUGAGGAGCUUCUUCAAGACAUUCAGAGCAUAGACCGGGAACUCCAGAAAGUCAACCAGACUGGUGCUCGCUUGCAGAAAAUGCAAGAGGAACUGAACAAAAAUCUGACUGACCUGAGAAAUGAUAUCAAUGAGACACUGAAAAGAUGUGGCAGCCGAUGUGAGAAAGUGUCCGUAGAGAACCUGACACCUGAGGCCAAUUUCUCAAUGAUUCCUGAUGUCAAUGAUAAACUUAAUUUGAUAUCUGAGCUGAACCCUUCAGAGCUCAACAAUACUAUAAUAAAGGCAAGAAAUGUCAUAAACGAAAUACCAGAGAAAGUCUCUAAUCAAACCAAAAAUGAGGCGUCUGAUAUACAGGAUCUACUUAACGAAGUCAGGAAAGGAAUUAAUACAAUCAGUGAUAAAUUUCACAAGAUGAUCUCACUGAAGGAAAUCUCUGCAUUUAUGGAAAAUAUUGUAAAGAAGGCAAAUUACUACAAGCCACAUGUGAUCAAAUAUGAUGGCUACAGGUGGGGUGUUGGCGUCUGCCUUUGCUGCCUGCUGCUUGUAAUAAUUGCCUUCAAUGUGUUGGGCCUUUUGCUUGGUGGUCUUGGACUAGAUUCAAAGGGAAUGCAAUGCCCUACCAAUCGGGGCUGCCUGUCCAACACUGGUGGAAACUUCUUUAUGGCGAGUGUUGGAUUCAGCUUUAUAUUUUCAUGGUUGCUGAUGUUGCUGGUUCUAGUACUAUUUUUAGUUGGGGGCAAUUCAUACACAUUGGUGUGCCAGCCUUGGGCCAAUGGAAUUAUCCUUCAGUAUCUGGACACAUCUGGGUUGAUACCUCAAUUAAAUGUGAAAAAGCUCAUGAAUUUGAAUGGUUCUGAUGUAAACCUGACCAGCAUAUACAAGAAUUGCGAAGGAAAUGCAUCCUUGUGGAAUACCUUUCACCUAGAUGAGGUCAUCUCUUUGAAUGACACCUUCAACAUCAGCAAGUACACUCAAGACAUUAAUUCAACCUUGAAUAAAAUAAAAAUCAAUAUUGAACCUAUUGAACUCCUGAACGAUGAUCAAAAAAGCAGGUUGCUGAAACUGAGUUCAAAAGAUGGGCCUCUGAAUGUGGAUUUUAAGAGUACUCUUGAACAGCUUAACCAGAAUCUGACCAAACAAGACUUGAAUACCCUGAUUAAUAACUUGGAAGAAUUGGCAAAUAAAACUGAUGUUGAUGGAAUACGUAAUGAUUUGCGACGUCAAGCGAAUGAGCUGAAGAAUAUCCAAAAUUGGACAAACCUCACAUUUAUUCCAGAAAUUGAAGCCUUGAAGGGAAGCAUCCAGAGGUUGCAGAAAUCUACCCCUCAAAUUCCAAAUCUGAUAAACCGCACGCUGUUGGAAAUAGAUGACACCAAUGUAUUUAUAAAGGACCAGACAGAGAAAAUUAUAAACUAUGAGACCAAUACUUUUAUAUUGAACAUAGUGGAUUAUUUUUCCUCUUAUCUGACAUGGAUUGCGCGUUCUAUCAUAGGAGAAUUUGGUCGCUGUGGUCCUGUAGCCUGGGCACUGGAUAGCGUGAAUACCGUUGUCUGCAAUUACCUUGUUGAUUCUUUGAAUGCCUUCUGGUUCAGUCUGGCCUGGUGCACAGUCUUUCUGUUGCCAAGUAUCAUCUUCGCUGUGCGGCUUGCCAAGUUUUAUCGUCGAAUGAGCGUCGAGGACAUAUAUGAGGAUGAGAUUAUGGAAAACUUUGAACUGUCAAGGCAAAGCAUGUUCAAAAUGCCCCGGCCUCAGCUGAAGAAAUAACAUUUCCUUUUUCAACAUUCCAUCUCUGAGCAGCUAUGAAUGCAACAAACAAUGGUCAAGAGAAUUCUUGGGUUUCUCUUGACAUUGUGCAGUGUGUGGAUCUUUGCCACAUUUUUUCCUGAACAAAUUUGUAAGAUGGCAACCACUUUUUCCCUACAAGAGAGACUACUGUGCCAUAAGCCCUGUGACAGAGAAGUGUAGUUUGGCUGUACACUCAGUCUAUGAAGAGGGUUGCGCUCUACUCGAGAGAUUAGGCUUGCCGUCUUUAUGCUGUCCAUUUUACAGGAAAAACCCCUGAUACUCAAGGGGCUCCAUAGUGAUGUCAAUGCAUUCUACUGAAUUACUGUACAGACCCCAAUUACUAUACAGACCCCAAUCAUCUUCACAGUAAUUCUUCUGACCCUUAACAGAUUUAGAACUCUUUGUUAGAUUAAACUGAAUUGCAAAUAGUGCCUUCUGGAUCUACUCCAUACCUACUUUAAAGGUUGAUACUCUGGAAGAGAAAGCAAAUAUGAGCCAUAAUGAAAUACUACUGAGCAUUUCUGAAUAAGGAAGAAUGAAUUGCCUUACAUUUUAUCUACAGCACUUUGCAGAUUUUGUCUUGUACGUCAGUUCUAUCAUUGCAAUCUAGUCACGUAUGUUUUUCUCUUUCCCUCUUCCUCACAAUCUCCAAUAAUUGAUUUGCAUAUUUUGGGCAUUUAUCCUCUCCCCAAUAUUAUACCAAAUAAUAUUGAACCAUGAAUUUAUUUUGUCAGAAACGUGACACACUCAUGAGAAUGGGGAAAUUCUCAUGAGAUGAAUAGUAAUAUUUAUUAAGAAAUCAGUGAUAGAAAUGAAUGCAUUUAGAUUAAUGCAAAAUGAAGAUGA